GGGUUUGUUUGUGGUCAAUAACAAUACAGAUGUGUAAUGAAUUAUAAAAAAAGUGAAUUUAAAUUAUAUCAUUAAAUGCAAAUAUUUGGAAAACCUGCAUAUGUAACUAUUUUUAUGCGAUGCUAUUCGCAUGCUAUGUGUGUUCGUGUGAAACCAGUAUACAUUAAUACGCUACAUCAUUGUAAAUAUUGAAAAAAUGGCUUCAACAUCGGAUGAUGGACUAGUGCUAAGCGGCUACCAAAAAAAACUAAAAACAAUGAAAAAAAAAUUCUUUGUUUUGUAUGAAAAAACAAACAAUGCAGCUGCACGUUUAGAAUAUUACGAUACGGAGAAAAAAUUUAUGCAAAAAACAGAACCAAAACGAGUAAUUUAUUUAAGUAGCUGCUUUAAUAUAAAUCCUCGUUUUGAUACUAAACAUAGAUUUGUUAUUAUGUUAUCCUCAAGAGAAGGCGGAUUUGGAAUUGUGCUCGAAAGUGAUAGCGAUCUACGUACAUGGCUAGAAAAAUUAUUAUUCUUGCAACGGCAUCAGGCAAAUAUAAAUGGUCAAAUGCAAUCAACAUAUGACCAUGUCUGGCAAGUUUAUAUUCAAAAAAAAGGAAUGUCGGAAAAAGUUGGAAUUACUGGAACCUAUCACUGCUGCCUAACCUCAAAAUCGCUAACACUCGUUUGCAUAGGUCCGGAAAAAUUACCAAAUGGCGAUAGCCGAAUCUCUAGCAUUGAGAUUCUUUUGACAACAAUACGUCGAUGUGGCCAUGCAUCUCCUCAGUGCAUUUUCUAUAUGGAACUUGGCCGUCAGAGUGUUUUAGGCUGUGGGGAAUUAUGGAUGGAAACGGAUAAUGCUGCUGUCGCUACAAAUAUGCAUAACAUAAUUUUAAGCGCCAUGUCAGCUAAAACUGAGACCAACAUGAACUUUUUGAAUGUGUACCAAGCAAGACCUGAUAUUGGUCAGGAACCAAUGAGAAAACGUUCAUCAUCAGCAAACGAAUCCUCCAAACCAAUUAUACAAACUCGUCAAAGCGCUGUUGAGUUGCGGAAUAGUAGUUCCAUACAUAAUAGCACUUAUGGAAGAGAAAGGUGUGAUAGUUUACCAACAAGAAAUCGAACCUUAAGCGACGGCAGCAAUCAAAUAAACCUUGGAUCAAAUCAUGGUUUCCGAUCUAACACGAUUUCUGGGAACCGUCCAAACACUACCAACAAACCUAACUGUAGUCCACCGUUUUAUACACCAUUAAGAUGCUCGGAAUCUGAAGAAUCAUCAAUUAGUGUGGACGAAUCCGAUGAUAACGGAACUUUUACCCCUUAUCGACGAAACACCCGGUCUUCCAAAGGAGUUAUUCCCGAAGAAAAUAUUGACGAUUUUGCAAGUGCUGAAUUGAGUUCAACCACUGUAAAUAAUGAGAGUGUUGACACCUAUAUUCCGAUGACUCCUAUUAAGCCUAUAAGUGAUACUGAUCGUGUAAAUGAAAUUGUGGAGUCUAAUCAUAAUUUGUUGAAAAGUGCUGGCGCUGAAAAAUUAAAUUUUAAUUUUCCUGAGCAUACAUCUGAAAAACUUAUUCAAGAUCUAGAUAUUGAGACGGAUAAUCAGUUUGUUCGCCCAAUUCGAGCUUACUCAAUAGGCAAUAAAGUUGAGCACUCAAAUCUAAAACGCGUUGGAUACAUAAAUGAAAGUGGAAAGAACUCACAUCGUGUUCGAGCUUAUUCCGUUGGUUCAAAGUCCAAAAUACCUCGAUGUGACUUGCAACGUAUUGUUCUUGUGGAAAAGGAUAAAAACAAAGCUGGGACGAACGGAAGCCAUAAUAAUAUAUUCACAGAUAAUUCUAUUGCAAGCGAAGUCAUUCAUACGAAUACAAUUCGAGAAAACAAAUCAACAAGUGCUCCUCUAUUGGGUCUUAAGCAUCAAGUAAACACUGAUCGUAUGAGUGAUUUGAUGGAAAUUGAUUUUUCGCGAACAUCGAUUUUGGUCACAAAAAAGCGAAUUAAAGACGAUGACAUUCCCGAAAAUAUUGAAAAUGGAUUUCCAACAUACCGUCGAAACCUUCCUCUUCGAAACCUUGUCACUACGGAUCAAAACGUUCUUGAGGAACAACAAAUUAAUAGUGAACCUCGCGCUUCAGAUGGUGGAUACUUGGAAAUGAAACCGGUUGGUAAAACGGCGUACUGUGAGUCAAGCGUGUCUUUUCUUCAAAAUAAAAUGGAUAAGAUCAAGCUAAAAGACUAUUCGGAAGCACAUAUACAGGAUUUAAGUGAAACGAGAAAAACAGUUAACCCCAAUCCAUCCGGAAUUGUUGAGGAACUGCAGAAAUCUAGUUUAAAUGAAAUUGGUUGUCAAACUAUGGAAUUAACCACCUCACCUGACAGUAAUGAAAACCUUGGUUUAAUGAGACAACGAACCAACAUGAGUCCAGAAAUUGAAAGCAACAAGCAAAAUCAACCAGAAUACGUCACAAGAGGCCCAAGAUCAGUCCCAGAUGAAAAUAAAAUAGUAAAUUCAACAAGCAAUGAUGAAUAUGCGCAAGUUACAGGAAAAAUCAGUCAGUUUGCCAAUAAACAAAACGAUGUUGGCUAUAAAAUUAUUCACAUAAAAAGUGACAGCUCACUAAUCUCGUUAAAGAAAAAUCAAGUGGCCAUUCCUAAUGACGAUUCGGAGCAUAGACUUCAAGAUAAUUGUAUUAUGGUAGCCGACAAAGGUCAAGGUCCCAGCUCAAGCAAUGCGAAAUGCAAUUUGAAGUUAAAAAUAGCUGAUUUAAAAAGAACAGAUGCCAGUACAAUAUCCACAAUUCUUCCAAUUAAAAAUUUAAAUUUCCCAUCUGAUCACACUUCACGCAUAUCCCAUCCUGAACUUUACUACGCAAGUCUUGAUCUUCCCCAUGUUAGCGGCAAAAACACAGGAGCAUUUCUCAAAAGAGGCUCAUGUGAAUCGCCGCCAGUUGCAUUGUCUGCAGGAGGUGGGAGUGCGUAUGCAAAAAUAGAUUUUGAUCAAUCGGACUCAUCUUCCUCCUCAUCGAACGUAGUUAAUGCUUAAACUAAAUUGUU